ACAGACGCAAGGGCACCAGGAGGCUGCAACACGCCCCUAUUGAAGCAUUGCAGGGCAGAUUGACGACUCUAAAGAUGAGACAGGCACCUAUCAAUGGGGACAAGAUAGCUGUGAUCAAAACCAGCAUGGAAUAACUCCCUGAGGAACAUGACGUAAAGAAUGAGAAGGACAAUUUAAGAAAACAAGCACUCGUCAAACAAUUGAUUACAGCAUGACGGUGCAAAACUCAUUGGGACCAAUGAAGGAAAAUCACUAUAUAAACAGAGUGUCUUGCCAUGAAACUUUGGGUUCAUCCUGCCAAGACUUCCCUGGAGCAUCAUGUCGCAACAGACGGAACCCAGCUCCUCCCCACUUGUGAUCAACCUAGCUGGCCACUAGCUUGAUCCGGACUCUGGACUGAUAAUGGCCGGCUUAACACCGUGGGGCAACACCACAGCACUGGAUACAGCGGCAUUCAGUGUACAAUCCUUAAGAGACUGUGCUGCUUCCCUAACCCCCUACUACUCCGGGAGACUUGGAAUUUGGCAAGAGGGUCACCACCUUACACCACCGGAGACAAAACGGCUCCUAGACCCACAUCCGAUGCAUCGGUCUGUAGCAGGAACUCCUUGGUGAAAUCGGGGCUGUACAAGACGGGUUCUUCAGGGCUUGAAAAGCCUCCUCACAAGCUUUGGUUCAUUGGAUCAUGUUUGGGCCGUUCUUGAGCAGAUAAGUGAGAGGGGCCACAAUGGUUGAGAAAACCAGAAUAAAUCGGCAGUAGUGUCAAGCUACUCCUAAAAACUGGCGUACCUGUUUCCUCAAGGAAGUGGCAUGGCACGUCUGGAGGGCCUGAACCUUAUUGACCAAGGGUCACACCGCACCUUUUCCUAGUGUACCUGAGGCAGGUUGUUUCAUCCUUGCCCAAGUGACAUUCAGCAGGAUUUGCUGUCAGGCCAGCCUCCUGGAGGGAUUGUAACAUGGCUGUCACAUGCUUUAGGUGGUCCUGCCAGUUUUGACUGUAGAUACCUGUGACGUCGUCUAGGUAUGCGGCAGCAUAUUGGCUAUGGGAUUGGAGGAUCUGGUCCGCUAGCUGCUGGAAUGUUUCCGGAGCCCCAUGCAACCCAAAGGGCAUUGUCCGGAACUGAAAGGGGAUGGAAAAAGCUGUCUUUUCCCUGGAUUCUGUGACGGGGUUCUGCCAAUAUCCCUUUGUCAGAUCGAGAGUAGUGAUGUACUCCGCUUCCCCUUGCUGGUCGAGAAGUUGAUCAACACAUAGCAUCAGUCCAUUGGCUCCUGUCCAGCCCUGAGGCCAGGAAGAGCCGCCCUGCCAGAUGCUGGGAUCCUGUCACCCACACUCCAGCGCUGCCCUGCUCUCAGCCGUCCUCCUCCUGCACGUUCAGACUGCAGUGGCUGUGAGUUUCCAGGUGCUGGUUCCCACCAGCCCCCUCUCCGCCCCGCUGGGGGGCACUGUGCUGCUGCCCUGCCACCUCUCCCCCGCGCUCAGUGCCCAGGCUAUGCAGGUGAAAUGGAGCCAGCCCCAGCUAGGCCAGGAUGUCCACGUGUACCUGCCGGACGGGAGCGAGGUGCAGGGUGAGAGGUACCGGGGCAGGACGGAGCUCCUGCGGGACGGGAUCCAGAGCGGCAGCCUGGCCCUGCGGAUCUGGAACCUCACCCUGCGGGACGAAGGGCGCUACCUCUGUGACUUCCAGUCCGACACCUACUUCAGUGAUGCCGCGUUGGAGCUCCGCCUGACGAGCUCUGGUUCGGAUCCCCUCCUCCACGUCGGUUUGUAUGAGGACAAGGGGGUCUCGGUCACAUGUCUAUCUGCAGGGUGGUACCCGGAGCCCAAUGUGCUCUGGAGAAACAGCCAUAAAAAAAUCCUGAGUCCAGAGUCCGAACAGAAACUGCAAAGUGACGACGGCUUAUUCAACGUCUCCAGCACCGUGGUGAUGACCGAGAGCUCGGAUCCAGCACUGACCUGCACCCUCAGCCCUGGCUCGCCCGACCCAGAGAAAGUAUCGGCCAUUUUCAUCUCCGACACUUUCUUCCCCAGAGUUUCCUCCUGGCGGGUCCCCCUCUUUGUAAUCCUGACGAUCUGUGUUUGCUUCCUCGCCUUGGCUGCCCUCUUCCUAUGGAGGAUUCACAAAAAGAAAGGUGCCAUCUACACAUUUCUAAAGGAAAGCCAUGGCAGACCAAGUUGGAAAGAAGCAUUUCUCAAAGCCGCGGACGUGACCCUGGACCCAAAAACAGCUCACCCCAGUCUGGAGCUGUUUGCAGAGAGGAAGGGCCUAAGGAACACAGGUCCAAGACAAUCACUGCCUGAUGGCCCGGGGAGAUUCGACGUUUACUCCUGCGUGCUCGGCUCCAACGGCUAUGAGUCAGGGACGUAUUACUGGGACGUGGAGGUGGAUGGCACAGGGGGCUGGGCUUUGGGCGUCACCAGGGAGUCUGCCAGCAGGAAGGGACGGUUCAAUUUCAGCCCCAAGCAAGGCACGUGGGCCAUCCAGCUCUCCAGGGGCCAGUACCGGGAAGUCACUGUGGAAUGGAGCCCGCUGGACCCGCCCCAGAACCCUGGCAAGAUCAGAGUGUAUCUGGACUAUGAAGGAGGGGUUGUGUGCUUCUACGAUGCUGAUACCAUGGCCCCCCUCCACACCUUCACCUCCUCCUUUUCUGGGAAGAUCUACCCGUUCUUCUGGGUCUGGUCUGUAGGGACCUGCCUUAGACUGUGUCCCUGAGCCUUUCCCAGCCAGAUCUCUGCACAUGCAAACCUGUUGAUGCAACACACCAGCCGCCACAAUGGAUGGGGGGGAGGGAUGGAAGAGAUGCAUGUAUAGGUUGUUGGCCAUGUUUUAUUAGUGACGACCCCUUGCUGGAAGGCUGUUUUCACACUACGUAAAUGGAAAUAAACCUGUUCUUCAAAAAAGAAAAGCAAAUUCCAUCACACACAAAGGUAACAUCCCCCGCUGACAAAGUGGAAAUCGUCUGUGAUAUUUUUAUGACACCUAUACGUGUCUCAGUUUCCCCUACAUGCUGCAUUGUUACCCAGUGCGGGGGUGUGACGUU